CCUUCGGGACGCGCCGCCUCGCCGUGCGGUCGCCGUCGGGGAAACGAAAGCGGAACCGCCGCACGGGCGCCCGGGAUGCUGCGCGCCCCGCCGUUGGCAUCCGCGCCCCCCGCACGGAGUACUGCCGCCCCGCACCCCGGCACCGGGUCUCCGCACCCCGACACGAGCACGGCCCCGCCGCCCCGCCGCCCCGGUCCGGCCCCCCAGGCUGGGUGCCGAUAGCGGGGCGUCCCCCCCGCUCACCCCGCGCCCCACGCACCAUAGCGAGCCGCCUGCUCAUGGCCAGGGAUGUCCGGUGCAGUGAUGCCCGGUGCCGCCGCUGCUGGGUGGGACGUCCCGGGGCCGCCCUCUCUGGGAGAGGCGGGGUUGCUCACCAUGAAGCUCUGCCUGCUGCUGGUGUGCCUGGUGGCCACGGUCACGGCCACUGUCACCCCGGUGUCCACGCCAGAGACCACUCCUUCUGGAAGGGUGAAGCCUAUCAGACUGCAGCCAGCACAGACGGUAUUCCCACGUCUGUGGGACACGGGGACACCAACCCAGCCUGUGCCCAGCUCCAAUGCCAGCACCACGGAGGAACCCAGCCUGGGUGCCGUGUUGGAGGCCUUGGAGCCUCUGGGCCCUGUGGAAUUUGUGGCAGCACCCGAGGAGUCUGGAACCGCCGCCAACGGGAGCGUGGCCACACCUGAGCCUGAGACCACCACGGGUCCCCCCAGCACCCCUCCAGACACAAUAAAUCCACCGUGCCCUGGGGACGAGGAGCCGGCCGAGACCUGCUGGGCACCAACGAGGGAGCAGAAGGAGGAGGUGGCCAUGGCGCUGGGCACUUUCGCCCUACGCUUCUACCAGCACAUGGCAGAGUCUGCCAAACCCGACACCAACCUGCUCUUCUCCCCCGUCAACGUGGCCCUGGGGCUGUCACACCUCCUGCUGGGUGCCCGCGGUGAGACCCAGCAGCGCCUGGCUGCCAUCCUGGGGUACCAGCCAGGGCUGGCCUGCGUGCACAGCGCCCUGCAGCAGCUUGUCAAUGUGUCAGGGCUGCUCUCCGCCACAGAGAUCUUCCACCACCCAGACCUGCACCUCCGACCCCGCUUCUUGAAUGAGUCGUGGCGCUUCUACAAAGCCCGGCCACGGGAGCUGAGUGGUAACGAGAGCCUGGACUUGCAGCGCAUCAAUGAGUGGGUGCGCAAGGCCACACACGGGCUUGUGCCCCAGCUGCUGUCCCAGCUGCCUGAUGAGCCUCGCCUGGUGCUGCUCAGCGCUGUCCACUUCCAGGCCCGGUGGCAAAAGCCAUUCAAGACCAAGCAUACGGUGCUGCUGCCCUUCAUGCGCCACGGGCACCGGCCAGUGGACGUGCUCACGAUGACCAGCAAGAAGUAUCCCGUGGCCUCCUUCACUGACCCCCGCCUGCAGGUUCAGGUGGGGCGGCUGGAGCUGAGUGGGGGGCUGAGCCUGGUGGUACUCGUGCCGCGGGGACCCCCGGAGGCACUGGAGGCUGUGGAGCGAGCGCUGGACCCCCCCACCUUCCUGGCACUGCUGCAGCGGGCAGCCAACACCCCCGUGCGCCCUACUACCGUGGCCCUGCCACGCCUGCACCUCGACCUCGCCGUGGACGUGGUGGCCAAGGUGCACGACAUGGACUUUGGGCUGUUCCUGGAUGCGGAGCUGUGUGGGCUGGCACAGGGCCCAGAGGUGGCAGUGGACGCAGCGCAACACCGGGCUGUGCUGACGCUGGACGAGAAAGGCGUGGAGGCAGCGGGUGCCAUGGCCACCUCAUUGGCCCGCAUAGCUCUGCAGCUGGAGGCUUUGCAGCCCUUCCUCUUCGUGCUCUGGGAUGAAGGCAAUGCCAUCCCUCUCUUCAUGGGACGCCUUAGUGACCCCCAGGCCUGAUGCCUGCCCCCUCCUUCCUCGCCUCCAUUUCUUCCCUCCCUCCUUCUUUUAUCCCUGCCUUCUCUUCUUCCCCCUUCCACCUCUCUCUCCCUCUUCCCAUUCCUCUCUCCCUGCUUCCCCAUAUCUUCUCUCCCUCUCCUCCCUCCUUCCUUCCUUCCCUCUUCACUCCAUCUUUCUUUCUUCCAACCAACCUCCCUCUUGCAACAACCCUCCAGCCACAUCCUUCUUUUCUCCCUUCUCCCUCCCACACUUCCCAAUUCCUCCUCCCCCAUUGGGUGCUCCUGGCCCCCCAGCAGCUCCUGUGCCUCUGUUCCCCCCAUCAGCUCUGGGCCUGAGGCCCCAAUAAAAGCUUUGAGUCAC